UGCUGCGUCACGCGGCGCCGAGCCUCAGUCGGAGCGGGAGGUUGUCGAGGGUGGCGGCGGCGUCAUGGUGCUGCUGCAUGUGUUGUUCGAGCACGCCGCCGGCUACGCGCUGCUAGCGGUGAAGGAGGUGGAGGAGAUCGGCCUGCUGCUGCCUCAGGUGGAGGAGAGCAUUGUGUCCAUUGGAAAGUUCAACAACAUUGUUAAACUGGUGGCGUUCUCGCCGUUUAAAUCUGCGCAGAGUGCCCUGGAGAACAUCAAUGCUGUUUCUGAAGGUAUCGUUCAUGAGGACAUGAGGCUGCUGUUGGAGACCAACAUGCCGGCUUCCAGCAAGAAAAGGAAGGUGAUGCUUGGCGUGGGCGAUCAGAAGCUGGGAGCGGCCAUCCAGGAAGAGCUUGGCAUCCAGUGCCAAGCAGGAGGGGUGGUGGCCGAGAUACUUCGUGGUGUCCGCCUGCAUUUCCAUUCCCUGAUCCAGGGCCUGACUGCACUCUCCGCUGCCAAGGCCCAGUUGGGGUUGGGCCACAGCUACUCGCGCGCCAAGGUCAAGUUCAAUGUCAAUCGGGUUGAUAAUAUGAUCAUUCAGUCCAUCAGCCUGUUGGACCAGCUGGACAAGGACAUAAACACUUUUUCCAUGAGGGUCAGAGAGUGGUAUGGCUACCAUUUCCCAGAGCUCAUCAAGAUUGUGGGUGAAAACUACACCUACUGCCGGCUGGCAAAGCUGAUCGGAAACAGGAAGGAGCUUACCGAGGAGAGUCUGCCGGCGCUGGAGGAGAUUGUGAUGGAUAGUGCCAAGGCCCAGGCCAUCCUGGAUGCAUCGCGCAGCUCCAUGGGAAUGGAUAUCUCUCCCAUUGAUCUCAUUAACAUCGAGAGCUUCUCGAACAGAGUGGUCUCUCUUGCCGAAUACAGGAAAACUCUCCAGGAAUAUCUGCGUUCCAAGAUGAACCAGGUGGCACCGAACCUGGCCACGCUCAUUGGAGAGGUGGUUGGAGCUCGUCUGAUCUCGCACGCAGGCAGCCUGACUAAUCUGGCCAAGUACCCGGCCUCGACAGUACAGAUCCUGGGAGCAGAGAAAGCUCUGUUCAGGGCCCUGAAGACGAGGAGCAACACUCCCAAGUACGGUCUGAUCUUCCACUCCACCUUCAUCGGCAGAGCAGCUGCUAAAAACAAGGGCCGCAUCUCGCGUUACUUGGCUAACAAAUGUACGAUUGCUUCCAGAAUUGACUGCUUCUCAGAGGUCCCCACUAACGUGUUUGGAGACAAGCUACGAGACCAGGUUGAAGAGCGGCUGGCGUUCUAUGAGACGGGAGAGGCUCCUCGCAAGAAUAUCGAUGUCAUGAAGGAGGCUGCUGCUGAGGCAGCGGAGGUGACAGCACAGCUGAAACGUAAAAUGGAGAAGAAAGAGAAAAGGAGGAAGAAGAGGGAGAAACGAGCACUGGAAGCUGCAGCAGCGGAGAGGGAGCUGGCUGAGGAGGACCAGGAGCCGCCUGAGAAGAGGGUUAAAAUAGAGAAUGAGGUUGGAGACACAGAGCUGGUGAAGAAGAAGAAAAAGAAAAAGAAGGUGGAGAUGCAGGUUGAGGAAGAACCAACAGUGGACAGUGUGGCAAAUGGGGUGCAGGAGACUCCAGCCAAGAAAAAGAAGCAUCGCCAGCCUCUCGAGGCUGAGACACCAGAGAUCCCGGUACUGGACAGUAAAAAGAAAAAGAAGAAGAAACACAAAGGUGGGGAGGAAGCCUCUCCCCUGUGACCUUUGGUUGCUGGAGCCACCUGACCUGUGAAGUUGUCCCGGUGGGUUUGGUCUUUGUGGACCUGGUCCCCUUGGUGAGGAAGACCCACUGCUGAGCCUCUUCCUUCACCAGUGUCUGGCAGCUCCCUUGUCACUGCUGUCAGCUCGCAGGUGCCACUCAGAUUACAGCAGUCAUGUAUUUGGCCUCUGGAGAGAGUGGGUUGCAGACUCGUCUGCCUUGUAAAUAUGUAAAGACAAUAAAACUCCAAACUCUUUCAGACUGAGUUCACUGGUGUAAGUUGUAUACAGCCACAGGGUACCUGGGUGGAUCAGGACGCUACUGAAGGCUGACAGUGGAAUAUUGCAUUGGAGGGAAGCCCUGUGAUAACUGGGAAUGAAUGGUAAUUGCCACUACUCCUUCCCACUGGUAAUACUUGGAUUUUUUUUUUAUGUCUAUUGAGAUAAUUCUGGAGUAGACAUGGGUUACAUCCCCUCAAUGCCAGUCUUUGCAAGUGGAUGUCUGGAACUGCAAUACUCCUGGAGUGUUCAGAACAAUGCUUUAAUAGUUCACUUGUGCUGCUACAGACAACCCUUCUCCUACACAAACAUAGACCAGUGCGGCACUUGAAUGGGCUGUUUUGCCUAGUGUUGUACUAAACCAAUUUAGUAAUCAAAUGCCAACUAAUCUCUGCCUACGUAAUGUCUGUAUCCUUUCAUUUCCUAUUUCCUCCCAUUCAUGUGCUGAUCUAAAUGUCUACCACUACCACCUGCCACUGCCCCAGGCACCCACCAUGUUAUUUAAAACCUUGCUUCUCACAUCUAUAAUUUUCCCCACUCAUCUUAAAUGCAUGCCCUCUGGUAUCCAGAACUGCAUGCAAUAUUCCAAAUGUGGCUUAAUAAGUUUUAUAGGGUUUUGCAACAGAACUUGCUGACUUUUGAAUGAUGUCUUGCAUAUUAAUCACCCUACCCACCUGUGUAGCCAUGUUCUGGGAGCUAUGAACCUCUGCACAUCUCCACUGAAGGGCAAGGCCCUAGUGUGGUUUCAUUUCACAGUUGACACCAGGUUAUUUCUCCACCCACAACUAAUCUACAUUCUUUGCCAGUCUAAUGCUGCUGGACCAGACAGCAUCAGCCCCAGGGUACUGAAGGUCUGCGAGCCAGCGGUCUGGUAUUUUGCAGCACCUUUACAAGUCUUGAGUCAGGAUAAGAUACCAGUGCUAUGAAUGACUUUGUGCUUGGUGUCUGUACCCAAGGAGAUGCCACCUGAACUUAAAUGACUACAGACAAAUUGCCCUCACGGUGUUGGAGAGGCUGGUCCUGACUUGCCUAGAGCUACAGGUGAGAUCUUCAUUAAACCCUUGACAUUUUGCCUACCAACCUUCUGUGAGAGUGGACUCACUCUCACCUGGAUGAUGCUGGUGGCAUUGAGAAUCACAUUUUUUUGAUUUCUUGCACCUUAAAUACAAUCCAGCCACUAUGUGAGAAGCUGAAUUACUGACUAGCUGACAGAUAGACCCCAGUUUGUACAGCUGGGUAGUUCUGUCUGAGAUGGAGGAAGGGAUGGGACUGACCUGUCUGCAUUUCUGUUCACACUCUUCAUCUUGGACUUUUAGUAAACAUCAGAGUCUCCUGCAGUGGUUGGGGGGAAAUCACUGCUGAAUUUGGCCAAAACCAGGGAGAUUUUAGGAUGAAGAGGACAUUUUGGGAGAAGUGAUUGUGUUGGUGGAAGAGUACCUGGACACCAGACUUGACUACACCAAGGCUGUCCACAAGAAGGGGAUGCUGGAGAUCUUUUGCAGCAUGUACAGCUGCCUCUGCGGCUUUACUUUGGGGGAGUGGUGCUGGUGAUGCCAGAAGGCUGGAUCAGUCCUUGGCUAAAAACCAAACAGGACACAAUCUGCAGAUCCUGGAGGAACUGAGUGGGCCAGGCAGCAGGUAUGGAAAGCUGUGUUGCUUGUCUAAAACAUGGACUCGAGCUAGUGGGGGAGUGGUCAAGUAGGCCACGGAAAGGAUAUUCCUGAUUGUCCAGUAGUGGAGCACCCUUUCGAACAGACUCAUUUAACUCUGCUGUCACAAGGAUUGUUGCAGAAAACCUUUCCUACCAAAUGUAGUGAGUAUAUUCAACAAUUCAUCUCUACAACAGGAGAACACACACAGUACAAUAUCAUACAUUAUUGCACAUUGGUAAAUUGUGUAUAUUCUGUACUUUAUUGAUAGUUAAUAUAUUUGCUUUUAAAUGCUGUAAAAUAAUUUCCCACUCAUGAUCGAUAAGUACUCAGUGUUAAUAAAAAUGUCUGCAAACUUGGG